AUGGUGCCGUCUGGAAGAAAGCAUACAGGGAAAUCUGGGAAGACAUCAGUGGAGGAUCAGGUCGUAAGAGCCUAUGACUUUGAGAAAGAAGAUAAAAAGGAUCUGAGUGGUUCAGAGGAGGAUGUCACUGAAGGGAAGACUCCAGUAAUUGAUAAGCACGGGAAGAAAAGGACUUCUGCAGGAAUAUUUGAAGAUAUGGGGGGCGAAGUACAAAAUAUGCUGGAAAGAUUUGGAGCUGACAUUAACAAGGCUCUCCUUGCCAAGAGGAAAAGACUAGAAAUGUAUACCAAGGCUUCUCUCAAGACUAGUAACCAGAAAAUUGAACAUGUUUGGAAAACCCAACAAGAACAAAGGCAGAAGCUUAAUCAAGAGUAUUCUCAGCAAUUUCUGGCUUUGUUUCAUCAGUGGGAUAUAGAUGUGCAGAAAGCUGAGGAACAAGAAGAAAAACUAGCUAACCUGUUUCGACAGCAACAAAAGGCUUUUCAACAAUCUAGAAUUGUUCAGAACCAGAGACUGAAAACAAUUAGACAGUUAUAUGAGCAGUUCAUAAAGAGUAUGGAGGACUUGGAAAAGAAUCAUGAUAAUCUACUUACGGGCGCACAAAAUGAACUUAGAAAAGAAAUGGCUAUGUUGCAAAAAAAAAUUAUGAUGGAAACUCAGCAGCAAGAGAUGGCAAGUGUUCGAAAGUCUCUUCAAUCCAUGUUAUUCUGAUGACUCUUUGAAGGAAGAACUUGAACCUAAAUGAUAUGAUACAAUUAUAACAUUAGCUAAGAAGAAUGUAAUUGUUUAGAGUGGUUUAAAAAUUCUAGUUUAAAAUAAUACAUCGUGUUAAUCUUUAGCUUCAGUGCAAGAACCCCUUUCUGUUAACCUUCACAUAAAGCUGAACAGUUAUGUGAGUAGUAGCAAUUCCUAAAUUAUAUAUACUAAGCCUUCAGUUCUUUAAUAGUAAUUGUGAAUUUUUCUCUUUAACACUUGUCAAUUAAUUUUUAGCAAUAAAAAUGAUUUAAUUUCA